AGCAUAUCCCAACCCGGGACUCAGACGCGCUAACACGUAUCAUGACGUUCCGAGAGGUUCGUCGAAAUCAUACGCUCGAGAGAGCUUUGGCAAAGCUGGUUCCUGCAAACAAUGCGGUGGUCAAUCAGGAGAAGUAGCUCACAAGCUGCCGGACUGCGAUCAUCGUUGGUGCAGUCUGUGCCUCGAACAAGGCUUCUUGUCAUUCAUGGAUGAUCAUGUGAGGAAACCUCCAAUGUGCUGCAAGCGUUAUAUCUCGCCUCAGCUCGUGGACAAUCUGUUUGAUCCCAUCUUCAAGAAGGACUGGGACAGAAAGUUUGUUCAUUCCUCAAUCUUUGCGAGUGGGCGUCCUCGUAGCUUGGUCUGUCCGGACCCGAAGUGCGGUACACCUAUCGAAGACCAGGAUAUACACCUCGAUCGAGAUGGGAGGGAGUUUGGUGAAUGUCGCUACUGCCGUACAGAGGUCUGUGUUGGCUGCAGUGGGCGGUGGCAUAAAUCACUUCAAUGCCCACCAGAUGCCAUGCCUCAUUGCAGUCGAUGUAGAAAAAAGCUUUUGCCUGGAGAACCCGGUCGCAACUAUACCACUUGCCAAUGCAAUACACGUUGCUGCACGGUCUGUGGCUUGCGGUGGAAAAAGUGUGACUGCCCUUUCUUCAAUAUCGAAGGAAACGAACCGCUUGAUACACUGUUUACAGCUGACCCUCGAUCGAAUCCGUUUACCUAUGCAAUGCAGCUGGAGUCUGACGCACAGUCUCCGCGAACGUACCGUUCAAAUGGCGGGCAUUCUCGGCCCGUGGCUGCGGUGCACAGUCGACCCCAAAGCUACGAAGAAAGACCGGUGAUGGAUCGUCUGCGAGAAAAACGUAGCGAUGAUCCUCUCAGCCGUAGGUUCCAUGUUCCCGGGGAAUUCGAAGAGUAUGACGAGCGAGAAGUGGACGACGACUAUCGCAGAGGAAGGGAUGACAGAGAUCGUCCUUUGAAACCCGUAAACUAUGUCCGUCGACCUGAAAUGGCUGUGCCGCCGCCUCUAGUUCACCGACAUACGGCGCCGCCGCCUGCCCACUCGGUGUUUGAAAGACCAACAACUAACGCCUGGACGGACGCUAUCAUCCCACAUGACUCUGACAGACGGCGCUCCCCUUCGCCGGAAAGGUUGCGACCUCGAAUGUCACGUCAUGCAUCACUUGAAAAGGAGAGGCUCCGGGCUCCGUCACUUCCUAGGCAUGCCUAUCCAUCUGAUAGGUGGGCAGAUGUACCUCCCGAGCUUGGAGGUCAGUUCCGGCCCCGAUCAUUGGAGAGGCAGCGAACUUCAUCACGGCACCGAGAUGCUUCUCCCGACAUGCGCCACGCCCCUUCGUUUGAGAGAGACGCGAUGCGCUCGGCCAGCAGGCGUAGAACGAUGACACCGUCGCUCGAAAAGCGGAAGCUUGCAAGCAGAUUUGAUGCAGACACGAGACAAGGCCCCGGCUACUCCACCAUGGCGGCUCCUCCUAUGAUGGCUGCACCACCCCCUUCCCACGCUGCUACUGCCCCGAUUUCGUCUCGGUUUCCCGUCAGCGCGGCUCCACCGCCACCACCACCACCCCCUGGAAUGAAGAGACACCUGACAGAAGAUGACUUCUAUACAACCAGUAGGAGCACUAGAUCAUCGGACCGCGACAGGAUGGCAACGCCUGCAAGACACCACUCGUACCACGAAUCACCACAACAACCUCGGUACCCGGCGUAUUACGAGGGCGGAAUUCCGGCACGUACUCCAAGCGGGAGACGCCGGUCCGGCCAGGCGACGAAAGAACACGUCAAAGAUGACCUCCCGCCGUCGGUCCUUGCUGGGCUAGGGGGUCCCAGCAAAGGUAUGGAACGAGUGCAGGAAUGGAACAAGUAUGUUGAGCCUGGCCCUCCGCUGAUUGAGGGCGUCUUACAGUCAAGUGCGUGAUGCUGAAUAGUUGCAGGGAUGCCGGAGAGCGGAUUAGGCACGUCAGGGCUCCUUAUACAGGACGGGGUCGCGAUGUCCGCGACAGAGAUUGGGAGUAGGAUGCCGUGGUAGUUAUCAUGUCUUUACUUUACGACGUUAUGAGAUGACAUUUUUGGACAUUGGAUAUUUGACGAGACGAAACGAGCAGUUGGUUUGCAAGGCAAAAAGGUGAUGAGAAUGGAUUGGCCAUCCAACUAUUUUUGAAUUUAGGGAGCAUAACGUUCGUGGCGGAUGGUUCGAAUUGACCUGGUUCUUAGGUGUGUUCUGGACAGUCAUGUCCACGUGUAGAUACCACCUAUGACAACAGGACACUCAUCUGGAAAACAAAGUGGUGAUGAGUACGACGGGUCUGGAACUGAAUCAAAGUGAGCGUUUUAUGAUUCACGGCAUG